AUGGCGGAUUCGUCUAGUUCAGCAGCGCCCGCUGGGGCUGCUAAGCCCAAGGCUGCUCCCAAGCCACCCAACCCGGUCUUCAAAAUGAUGGGUCUGCCGAACAUGAGCUUUAAGCUUCCUUCCCGAAACUGGAUGAUCUUUUUCACUAUCACCGGAUCCUUUGCCGGUGCUCUGAUCUACGACCGUCGAGAGAAGCGCCGCGCGCAGCAAAAGUGGAGUGAGCUGGUGGCCCAUCUCGCAAAGGAGCCACUGCCUGUUGAGGAGAUGCGCCGCAGGCUGACUGUCUACCUUGCUGCACCACCGGGCGAUGGCCUGAAAGUCGCUAGGGAUCAUUUCAAAGAAUAUGUGAAGCCCAUCCUGACGGCCGCGGCUUUGGACUACACUGUGGUGGAGGGCCGACGGGAAGGCCAGGUGCGCGCCAGCACAGCGGAGAACAUCCGAAAGCUGAGGCGCAGGGCCGGUGAGCCGAGCACAGAUGCUCACGACCCUAGCGUCGACGAGGUUGUGCUGGCGAAACGGGAUUCCAUUGGGAUUCAUGAUGAGCCCGGUCCUAAGGGUGAUUUGGUAAUCGGUCGACACGCCUGGAAGGAGUAUAUCCGGGGCUUACAUGAGGGCUGGCUAGGCCCCAUGGAUGCUCCAGUCCCUCCGGCUGAGGAGAUCACUGUUCCCGAGGUGUCCGAAGAGCCCAUCCAGGAGAUUGCGGCUGGAGACGCUCCGAUCGAGACCCCGUCUCAGUCUCAGGUGCAGACUCUCGAAACACUUGAGAAGAAGCUUGAAGAUGAAAAGCUAGAGGAAAAGAAGGAUGAAAAGAAAGAAGAGGAAAAGCCAUCCAAACCUACCGGACCUAAGCCUGCCUAUAUCACAACCGCCGAAUACCCCUCCGCUCAACUCUCCCCUGCUAUCCCUCAAUCUUUCGACAGCUCCGUCCCCAUCGAAUUCCCUCACAUCCUCGGCUUUCUGAACACCCCCAUCCGCAUGUACCGCUACCUCAACCAGCGUCACCUCGCCGAGAACAUCGGUCGUGAGGUUGCCGGUCUCGUCCUCGCCAACAGCUCGAGGCCCUACCGCGACGAAUCCUUCAGCGUCGACUCUGAGCUUACCGGUGCAUCCGUCGACUCCGCUACCGACCUUGCGCGCGGUCACGAGCUGCAAACUGUCUUGGUGAAGGAAGAAGAGUCCUGGCACAAGUCCGUGCAUAAGCGCGAUGAUGAAGAGCAGGAGCGCGAGUGGCUGGAUGAUAUCGUCCUGGACCCUCGUAUCUCCUCGCGCAUGAACACCGCGAUUCUUUCUCCUGAAGAUGAGGCUCGCUCUCAGCGCAUCGCUGAGCACCAGGAAUACAUCCUUGGUGAACAGCGUCCGCCGCCCGUCCCCUUCUGGAAGAGCAUGUGGAUUAAGUACGGAUACGGUGAGGAUGAGGAGACCAUCCGCCGCAAGCCAAUCAUUGGCAAUCUCGAUGGUGAGUUUGAUGCGUAA